AUGAGUACCUGGAAGGCGGGAGCCGACGACCAGUCCCACAAUUCUCCCGGCCCAACGGCUACCAGUACCCAAAGCAGGCCAGGGACUAGCGGGACCAGUAACGUUGGGGGUACUUAUCUUGUGCUAGAGGUGAUACUGGUCUCCAGUAGUUUGGGUCGCGACCCGCUACUAGUUUCCCAGUUUUGGCAGGAGACUAGUACCAAGCAAACUACGGAGACCCCGAAACUAGUAUUACUCUGCUUUAGGAAAACACGCGGCGAUUUCACCGAGUUUUGCUUUCUGUGCAACAAAUGGGUGUUUGACAAAUCCGAAUGGAGCGACCAUUGCCGGUCGCAUUUUGCUUGCCCGGACGAGCUCCCUGUACAGUGCGACCCCCUUCUUUACGGUGGAGUGCUUGCCACCGCCGGCUACUGCUUGUUUUGCAUGGCGGACAAACCGCUGGAGCCUGAGCUGCGCCUUCGUCAGUUUCUGGACAGAGGCCUAUGGAAAGACCGUGUUUUUGAUCAUUACGAACGAUACGUCCAAGCUGUUGACGACAAGACGCUGGUCACCUGCCCUCAUCCUAGCAUUCGAUGCGGUGGCGCAUUCGACUCUGUGAAGCAUUUCGAAUUCUAUUUUCUGGAUGCCCACUGCCGAGACUUUGUCAAGGAGUCAACGUCGCUGGAGCUAGAAGAGAACAAUGACGUGAAACCGGCACCGGCCAAAAGGCAGCGGAAGCGAAGCGCCGAGCUUGACAGGGAAGCCAAGGUCGACACCUACCACUUCGUUGAUGAAACGGUUCAAACAGCGUGUCGACAUCGAGUGGCUGCUGCGUCUUUGCCGUCGCCUUUUGAAGGCCACGUGUCCCCGCCCGACAGUUGCCAGAUCCAGGGCUGGUCGGGGGACGGGGAUGCUAGAAGCGGCGAUGUUCUGCUUCGUUCGCCAUCGUCUUUAGAUAAUGACGGAGUGGAGAAGUGCUUUGCCUUAAUUGAUUUCGGGAUACUUUUGGAGCAAAGUUUUCCAGUCUCGUUUGGAAAAGGGCUAAAUUUGAUAUCUACAUAUCCUAGGGCUCCGGUCGGUUCACUGCGGCCUGCUCCAAGUCUGCGUACUUCUUCGGAAAAUGGCGGCUGCGAUGCGGUCGAGGCCUACUCUCCGACGCCAGGGGCCGGGCUAAGCUGA